GAGAAGGCUCGUGGGACGUCUGUCGCGGGACGGGCUAGCCAGCUGGGGUGCAGAGCCGAGAGGAGAAGGCAGCGGCAGCAGCAACGUUCGGAGCAGUAGUAGUAGUAGUAGCAGCAGCAACAGCAGCAGCAGCAGCAGCAGCAGCAGCAGCAGCAGCAGCAGCAGCAGCAGCAGCAGCAGCAGCAGCAGCAGCAGCAGAAACAAGUACCAGCCAAACAGCGGCUCCUCCGGCCCGAGCAGCCACAGUCCCCCAGCCGCGAUGGCGCUACAAAGCCCAGCGAGCGAGGAAGCCAAGGGGCCCUGGGAGGAGGCAGACCACGAACAAGAGGAACCGGAGGGUAGUCCAGAGCCAGGGCCUGAGCCCGAGCCUCAGCCUGAACCAGUGCCUGUGCCAGUAACCCCACCGGAGCCCCAGCCCUUACCAGACCCUGCACCUCUGCCUGAGCUAGAAUUUGAGCCGGAGUCGGUGCACGAACCCGACCCCACGCCCACAGUAGAGACCCGCGGCACAGUGCGUGGCUUCGAGCCCCCUGAAGGUGGCUUUGGCUGGAUGGUGGUGUUCGCAGCCACCUGGUGCAACGGCUCCAUCUUCGGCAUCCAUAACUCCGUGGGGAUCCUCUACUCCAUGCUGCUAGAGGAGGAAAAAGAGAAAAAUCGUCAAGUGGAGUUCCAAGCAGCAUGGGUAGGUGCUCUCGCCAUGGGCAUGAUCUUCUUCUGUUCUCCGAUUGUGAGUAUAUUCACUGACCGUUUGGGUUGCCGAAUCACAGCAACUGCAGGAGCUGCUGUUGCUUUCAUUGGCCUCCAUACCAGCUCCUUUACGAGUUCUCUAAGCCUGCGCUACUUCACCUAUGGAAUACUCUUUGGUUGUGGCUGUUCCUUCGCCUUUCAGCCAUCCCUCGUCAUCCUGGGCCACUACUUCCAACGCCGCCUGGGUCUGGCCAAUGGCAUUGUGUCUGCUGGGAGUAGCAUCUUCUCCAUGUCCUUUCCCUUCCUUAUCAAGAUGUUGGGGGAUAAGAUCAAGCUGGCCCAAACCUUCCAGGUGCUGAGUACCUUCAUGUUUAUCCUUAUGCUGCUUUCACUCACCUACCGGCCCCUGUUGCCCAGCUCCCAGGAUACUCCAAGCAAGAGAGGUGUCCACACCUUGCACCAGCGCUUUCUGGCUCAGCUUAGGAAGUACUUCAACAUGAGAGUUUUUCGCCAACGUACCUACCGCAUCUGGGCCUUUGGGAUUGCUGCUGCAGCCCUUGGCUACUUCGUUCCCUAUGUACACCUGAUGAAGUAUGUGGAAGAAGAGUUCUUGGAAAUCAAGGAGACCUGGGUGCUUUUGGUGUGUAUUGGGGCUACCUCAGGCCUCGGGCGUCUUGUGUCAGGCCAUAUCAGUGACUCCAUUCCUGGACUUAAGAAGAUCUACUUACAGGUUCUCUCCUUCCUGCUUCUGGGCCUGAUGUCCAUGAUGAUUCCCCUGUGCCGGAACUUCGGAGGCCUCAUCGUUGUCUGCCUCUUCCUGGGCCUGUGUGACGGAUUCUUUAUCACCAUCAUGGCCCCCAUUGCAUUUGAGCUAGUGGGCCCAAUGCAAGCUUCACAGGCCAUUGGCUACCUACUAGGCAUGAUGGCCCUACCAAUGAUUGCUGGUCCCCCCAUUGCAGGCCUCCUCCGCAACUGCUUUGGGGACUACCACGUGGCCUUCUACUUUGCCGGUGUGCCCCCCAUCAUUGGGGCUGUAAUCCUCUUCUUUGUCCCUCUAAUGCAUCAAAGAAUGUUCAAGAAAGAUCAGAGGGAUUCCAGCAAGGAUAAGAUGUUGGUUCCUGACCCAGAUCCCAAUGGGGAGCUGCUGCCUGGCUCCCCCAACCCUGAGGAACCUAUCUAAUGCCUUUUUUGUUUUAAUAUCGUGUGCUCCUCCCAGCCCUUCUUCUUCAUUCCACCCUGCUCAGCAUUUACAUUUUUGCCACCAGCAUACUUGUUCCCAAACCUGUGCACAUAGCAUUUCAGCCACCUGACCACCCCCUUGGAGCCAAAACUCUAGGUAUUCCAGUCAACCAAAUUUUCCCCACGAAUGCCUUUUAACCUUCUAGGGCCUUUCUCCCAGGAUCUGGGAAGUGUGGGAUCAUCUUCUGGCCAUUGCGAUUUCUCCUAAGGGGAGGAGGAUGCAACCUCCUGGCCUUACCGUGUUAUUCAUCCUAUAAAAUCAGGUGCCAAAGGUGCUAAUACACCCCGCAGGAGCUUAGUGGGGGAUAUCCAAAUUUUUAUUUGUUGAAGAGCUCAUUCCCACUCAUCUUUGGGAACCCUUUGGGGGUAGGGAUAGGGAGGCCAAAAUAAUGCAAGUAGCCCCGGUUAACAUCAGACUUCCUGAGGCUGUGGCUUCCCAAGAGCUGUGUACAAGGAGUAUCCCCAUGUUAUAGUUGGUUAAAGUCUGCUUCUCUCUUCUUUUAAUUUCUCCUUUAGUGCCUCUUCUCUAUUCUCUUUUCUUUCUAUUUCUUUUUAUGACUGACAUAGACACAUAGGUGCUUGGAGAAAAGAAAGACCCAGAGUUUGGGCCAAUCAGCCUCAUCUUGGCCCAGUCCACCCCUAACACUGGUGGUAAUCCCAUUCAUCUCAGGCUGAGCCACAUCUCACUUUGGGGCACAAGGUGAUAUAAUCAUAGACUGGAAAAAGUAAAAUAUCACCUGCGGAACGGGUUUUAAACAGCAUAAAGUUCCAUGAGCCACUCACUGAUUUUUACAGAUUCCCAAAAGCAGUGCACUAACCUUAAGACCUUCCCUUCUUCCCAACCUUGUAUCUGUCUGUCAAACUGUGAAGAAAUUCCUUUCAUCUCAGCAAGAAGAGAACUGAUGACGGUGAACUGGCAUGGUGAGGGGAGAUAUUGCGGUUGUUAACAUGAUGGAGGGCUCCAUCUCUCAAUUUUCAUGACAGAUCAAUAUUUCCACCUGGGACAAGUUAAGAAAUGGACUAUUUUAG